ACUAUAAUAGUCGGGAUUGCAAGUUCAUCAAGUACCGUAGAGUUUACGUUAAGAAUCCACUUGUUUCAGUACUUGGACAUCUUGAUUCUUCUGCUGUAUUUGUUCUUUGAAGAGAACUUAGUUUUUACUGCUCGUUAGAGCCGCGUAUGUCUUUCAUUCCUUAACGUGCGACCGGAUAACGUACGGAAAAAAAGAAGACAGCGUGCUUCGAUAGUUUUGAAUAAGUGUCAGUAGAUAAAUAACGAUUUUUCACAGCUCGUGCGUAGGUGAUAUUGAGAAUAUUGAUUUUGAGCGAGGCGCACGCGCUGGUUGGAUUUGCUGCCUACGGGGGUGCGGUUGUUACCAUGGAUCCCAGUAUACUAGCUACUAUGGAUAAAGACGCACUGAAGAAACAGAUUGAAAACAUGAAAUAUCAAGCGACGAUGGAACGGUGGCCUUUAUCAAAGAGUAUCGCAGCGAUGCGUGAGUACGUCGAGGAGAACGAGAAAAACGAUCCUCUGAUACACGCACCUGACAAAAAGAACAAUCCAUGGGCCGAGAAAGGAAAGUGUGUCAUCAUGUAAAACCGCGUUUAAUGUAAACCGUUCCCGAAGUAAGAAAUUUUCAUUGCUGGAUGAAAGAGAUAAAAAAAAUUUAAAAAAAAACAAAAAACAAAAAACAAAACAAUUCAUCCAUCCACACAC